AUGGCAAGGAAAUUAAAAGUUUUGAAUUUGACUGGUUGUGCACGCAUGCAUAAAACUCCCGACUUAUCUUCAAAUGUAAAUUUAGAGCAGUUGAUCCUUGAAAGCUGUGGAAGAUUGGUUCAGAUUGACGAAUCUAUAGGGCAGUUGACGCAGUUAGUUUUUUUGAACUUAAGGUUCUGUCGUGAACUUUGCAAACUGCCAGAAGAGAUUGCCAACUUAGAAUCGCUGGAGGAACUUCUUAUCGAUUGCACUUCCAUAAGAGAAGUCCCGGGGCUGUCAGUAAGUAACUGCAGUUCAAUUGGUAAUUUAACCUCUCUAUCAAGGUUCUCUUUGGAAAAUGUUGAAGUUUCUCAACCUCAUCUAGAGAUUAGAGCGCUUGUAAAGCUUGAACACUUGUCUCUGAGUGGGUGUAAGUUGCUCAAGAAAAUUCCAGACUCAAUUUGGAAUUUGGAAUCACUAGUCGUGCUGAAUCUGUCCCACACACAUAUUGCCGAGUUGCCCAAAUCACUUGGGAACUUGAAAAAUUUGAAAAUACUAAGGAUGCGUGGUAGUUCCAUAAGAAGUAUACCCAGUGCAAUUGGGAUGUUGGAGAAGUUGAAAGAGAUAGAUGCAGAGUUCUGCCAAUGUCUGGAGGGGACAAUACCUGAAGAUAUUGGGAGAUUAUCAUCUUUGGAGAUCUUGAAAUUUUCAAAUACUACAAUAUGUAACAUCCCGAAGCUUCCUGAAAGCCUCCUCAGUUUGCAUAUUGGUAGUAAUUCGAUGAAGAGACUUCCGGAUCUCUCAAACCUGAUAAAUCUGACAGAGUUGAAUUUGGAGAUUUCUCAAGUUCCUGAGUUUUGUUUGGCUGAAGAGGAUUCUACCUGUGUGGACAUGACUGAGCUUGGACGGGAUCCAUCACCAAGUCUAACUGAGAUUCAAAGCUUUGAGGGUUUGGAGAAGCUGACAGUGCUAAGGCUAGGUGAGCUCCCUCUGCUUGAGAGAUUGCCUGAUCUCUCAAACUUGAAGAAACUCACAAAACUUGAUCUACAGCAGUGUCAUAAGCUUGUCAAGAUUCUAGGAAGAUUAGAUUCGCUGGAAGACUUGUGCAUCUAUGGAUGCAACUCUUUGGUUGAGUUGCCUGAUCCUUCAAGCUUCAAGAAUCUGAAAUCUCUGCAAUUGCGUGAUUGUGAGAUGCUACAGACUGACCAGGUUUGGGUCUCGAAAUCUGAUACAUUUGAUACGACUCCAAAUGUCACGGUUACUGUCAAAUAUGUUGAUGUUGCGACUUUCCGCUGGUCCAUCGCUACCUGUAUCAAGAAACCUAUAGAUGAUGAUAAAUGCUUAGAUAACCUGGCAUGCCCCUAG